AUGGCAGGAGAUCAGGCGCAGUUUUACCAAUUAUUAAAUACAUUAUUGUCUACAGAUAAUGACAUUCGUCAGCAAGCAGAAGAUGCUUAUAACAAUAUACCAACUGAAACAAAAGUGGUACACUUAGUGGGUGCAAUCCAAAAUGGAGACAUUGGUGAGGAAGCUAGGCAGACUGCAGCAGUUCUUCUGCGACGGUUACUCAGUGCAGAGUUCUUUGAAUUCUUUCCAAAGUUGCCGUUUGAUCAGCAGACUAUGCUGAGAGAACAGUUACUUCUCACACUUCAAAUGAAUGUUAGCCAACAAUUACGAAGAAAGAUCUGUGAUGUAGUUUCUGAGCUUGCUAGAAACCACAUAGAUGAUGAUGGUGUCAACCAGUGGCCUGAAUUUCUUCAGUUUAUGUUCCAUUGUGCUAGUUCACAGGAUCCAAACAUAAAAGAAGCAGGCAUUAGAAUGUUUACAUCUGUGCCUGGAGUUUUUGGAAAUAGACAAAAUGAGAAUCUGGAUAUCAUCAAACAAAUGCUUUUAUCAUCUCUGCAGCCAACAGAAUCGGAAGCUUUACAAAUGCAAGCAGUUAAAGCAGUUGGUGCAUUUAUUCUAUUACAUGACAAAGAACCAGCUAUACAAAAACACUUUGGGGAUCUCUUGCUUCCACUUAUGCAAGUGGUUGUUCAGUCAAUUGAAAAAACAGAUGAUGAUUCAGCAUUAAAAGUUCUAAUUGAACUGGGUGAAUCAGCACCCAAAUUCUUACGCCCACAGCUUGAAACAAUCUUUGAAGUCGGCAUUAAGGUUAUUGGCGAUACCGAUGCAGAUGACAAUUGGCGCCAACUGGCACUAGAAGCAUUAGUUACUUUGUGUGAAACUGCCCCUGCCAUGGUACGAAAGCAGGUUCCAGGUGCUAUACGCAGACUUACACCGCUUGUACUCGCCAUGAUGUGCGAGCUUGAUGACGAACCUGAUUGGGCCGUACAAGACGACGUCGCAGACGACGAUAACGAUUUGAACUAUGUGACAGCAGAAUCUGCUUUAGACCGCAUGUGCUGUGGGCUUGGAGGUAAAAUAAUGUUGGGAUUAAUUGUCGGACAAGUGCCAGAGAUGUUGAACUCUGAAGACUGGAGGAAGAGACAUGCGGCACUCAUGGCUGUUUCAUCAGCUGGAGAAGGCUGUCACAAGCAAAUGGAACAGAUGCUAGAACAAGUUGUAUCUGCAGUUCUCACAUAUCUUACUGACCCUCAUCCCCGUGUGCGGUAUGCAGCUUGUAAUGCAAUUGGACAAAUGUCAACAGACUUUGCCCCAGUUUUUGAAAAGAAAUUCCAUAGCAAAGUGGUGCCUGGUCUUCUGUUAGUUCUGGAUGAUAAUGCCAAUCCCCGAGUGCAGGCCCACGCUGCCGCCGCAUUGGUUAACUUCAGUGAGGAUUGCCCUAAACCUAUUCUGACGCAAUAUCUUGGUCCUUUGAUGAAUAAGCUUGAAGUAAUAUUGACUACCAAAUUCAAAGAGUUGGUAGAACGUGGCACCAAGCUUGUGCUUGAACAGAUUGUAACUACAAUUGCCUCUGUAGCAGACACUGUGGAAAAAGAUUUCGUGCAGUAUUACGACCGUUUAAUGCCCUGCCUGAAAUAUAUUAUUGCUAAUGCCACUACAGAAGAACUGAAGACACUCCGUGGCAAAACAAUUGAAUGUGUCAGUUUGAUAGGGUUGGCUGUUGGUGAAGAGAAAUUUAUGUCAGACGCUUCAGAAGUGAUGGAUCUUUUGUUGAAGACACAUACUGAGGGAGAACAACUGCCACCUGAUGACCCACAAACAUCAUUUCUUAUAUCUGCCUGGUCCCGUAUAUGCAGAAUUAUGGGCAAAAAAUUCGCCCGUUACCUACCCAUGGUUAUGGAACCAGUCAUGCGUACUGCAGCUAUGAAGCCAGAAGUUGCAUUGUUAGACAAUGAUGAAAUUAAGAGUAUUGAGAGUGACCUUGAUUGGCAUUUUGUCACUCUUGGUGAACAACAGAACUUUGGCAUCAAAACAGCAGGUCUUGAAGAUAAGGCAUCUGCUUGUGACAUGCUUGUAUGUUACGCACGGGAACUUAAGGAAGCAUUCGCUGACUAUGCUGAAGAAGUAGUCAAGCUAAUGGUACCCAUGCUGAAGUUUUAUUUCCACGACAAUGUGCGCACUGCGGCAGCAGAGUCCCUGCCUUACCUGUUGGAAUGUGCCCGUACAAGAGGACCUCAGUACAUCCAGGGAAUGUGGGCAUACAUACUACCUGAACUUCUCAAAGCAAUUGAUUCUGAACCAGAACAGGAAGUGCAGGUGGAACUCCUUAACAGUUUGGCAAAGUGUAUUGAACUAUUGGGAACUGGCUGUUUAACCGAUGAGACUAUGGCAGAAGUGCUACGGAUCCUUAACAAACUUCUUACUGAACAUUUCGAACGCGCUACCGAACGCCGUCAGAAACGUGCUGACGAAGAUUAUGAUGAGGUUGUAGAAGAACAACUAGCUGAUGAAGAUAAUGAAGAUGUAUAUGGUUUGUCUAGGGUGGCUGAUGUGUUGCAUGCCCUCAUGUCUGCUUAUCGUGAAAACUUUUUCCCCCAUCUCGACUCUCUAUUGCCACAUCUUGUUCAGCUUCUGGCCCCAGGAAGACCGUAUGCCGAUAGACAAUGGGCAAUUUGCAUUUUUGAUGAUGUUAUUGAAUUUGGAGGGCCCGCAUGCGUGAAGUACCAAGACAUAUUCCUGGAGCCGAUGCUGAGCGGGCUGAUGGCGGCGGAGGCGGAGGUGCGGCAGGCGGCGGCGUACGGGUGCGGGGUGCUCGCGCAGUUCGGCGGCGCGCAGUUCGCCGGCGCGUGCGCGCGCGCCGCCCGCCUGCUCGCGGACAUCAUCAAGUACAACCACUCGCAGGUCGACAGGGACCAGCUCAUCACGCACUGGUUAACAUGGUUACCAGUGGUUGAAGACGUUGAAGAAGCGCCACAUGUAUACUCACUCCUUUGCGAGUUGGCAGCGAGUGGACACGCAGCUUUGGCGACGCCUGAUGCGCCGCAGAGGGUCAUAGCAACGCUUGCAGAGGCCUUCCUGCGUGACGCCGUGCCAACUGACAACCCAGUAUAUGGGCAGAUGGUCACACUUGUUCGCCAAAUACAGGGCAAUGCUGAACUUUUCAACUCAUGCCUUGUGCAAUUAACCAGUGAACAUCAGGAAGCGCUGAAACUUGCACUGUCUACA